AUGAUUCAACUUAUUAUUCAGGAGUUUCGCUUCCAGCAGUUAUGUAGAUUUAAGGUUACUGAUGAACCUGUUACUUCAAAUGAUCGGUUACAGCUCUUAACAAAUUCUUCCAAAUAUGCUUUAACGUUUGUUGCUGUCAAGGAAGGUUUAAAAGUGAUUGAUACUCAAGAAUUGAUAAAGUUAAAUAAAGAACAUGCUACGGAUAAGAGUGUGUCUACUAUAUCAAAUGUACCAUUGCGUACAAUCAUACCAUUUACAGACAAGAUAUCACAUCUAGUUAUAAGUUGUGAUGAUUUAACUCUAGCUGUAGCCUGUAGUAGUAAUGGUAAUGUCAUACUUUAUAUGUAUGAUGUCAGAGGUUUUGCUAAUAACCAGCCCAAUCCAUUUAAAACAGUUCGUUUAAAUACUAGUCCAGGCUCAAGUCUAUGUGAUGUUAGUUGGAACCCAGAGAUAACUAAUAUUAUUAUAACAUGUACAACUGAUGGUGGGGUAGAACUAUUAGAAGUUAAUGACAAUGUACAAGUAUCAACACUAUCAGUAUCUACUAAUGCUACCUGCUUUUGUUGGAGUCCGAAAGGUAAACAGUUUGUGGUGGGUAGUAAAGAUGGAAGAUUGACUCAAUAUGAUAGAACUUUGGUAGCUAAAAAGAAUUGGCCAUGUCCACCAAUAUUAGAAGGUGGACCAUAUCAAGUUGUGGAUAUAGUAUGGUUGUCAACGUAUAUGUUUCUGGUGGCGUAUUUACCUCAAACUCCAGAUGCUUCUGAUCAACCUCAAGUUGUUAUGAUAACAUCAUCAAAAGAAGGUAAUACAACCUAUGCUAAUUUUGAAGAUAUAUGUUUUGGAUCUGGUGAAGUAAGAAAAGCUAAAUACUAUAUGAGUCUUAUUAUGAAAUGGUAA